ACUGCAUAGUAGUAAUUACAGAGAGACUGUAAGCUUCUCUGGUGGUUCCGGGGCCAGAAGCAGCUCUCGGAACGCCUCUCACUCAUUGGGUCCUUCGCUCAAGCGUUGCGGAACUCGCCUUCCGACCGGCCGGGUUUCUCGGGGGACAGUAAUUGUGGCCGGACGCUGUGGCGCGGCAGUUUAAUUCUCCGGCGGCGACUGAUGGAGCCGGACGGGAUGGUCCUGGCGGGGCUCAUCCGGAAACUCGGUCAUCAGCUGGCCGAGAUCAGGGAACGCGCUCUCAAGAAUAUUCUCUGCAAGAUUGAGCACAAUUUAAUCUGCUGUGCUGAUCUAGUUCAGGAGAGGCUACUUUUUCUCCAUUUGCUGGAAUGGUUCAGUUUCCCGUCUGUUCCAAUGAAAGAAGAGGUUCUGAGCCUUUUGAACAGAUUGGUUAAGUAUCCCCCAGCAGUCCAGCAUUUGAUCGAUCUUGGUGCAGUCGAAUUCUUAUCUAAACUUCGUUCUAAUGUGGAGCCGAAUCUACAGGCUGAAAUUGAUGGCGUUCUAGAUGGACUUUUUAUUCUUCCCUCGGAAGUUCCUGAACUUUAUUCUGCAUCUUACCAAACCAGUCAAACUGAAUUGCCACAACAACCUGAAACCUUAACAGGGUAUUUUCCUCAGGACAAAAGUAAUUUCCAGCAGAUGGAGGAGCCUCUACGACCCAUGGCACACCGGACUGUGAAGUGUUUGAAGUUCUCCACCUUCCCUUGGCUCCCCCUGACCACAGCCGACAGGCAUGUUCUCUCCUCCAAUGAAAGCUCUUUAAGAAGUAGUAACCACACUUUAAUCUGGAACACCUGUGAGCUAUUGAAAGAUGUUAUCAUGCAAGAUUUUCCUGCGGAGAUUUUCCUUCAGAGGCCAAAAAUUGUUCAGAGCCUUUUAUCUCUGUUGAAACUGGCCUUUGGAGGAGACGGAAAACAUCGCCUGGCAUUACAGGCAGUGUCCUGCCUGCAGCAGCUGUGCAUGUGUUUAAGAAACAGACUUAACUUUCACCGAGAUCCAAAUUUCUUCUCUAGUAAACAGGAUACAGUUUCCCAAAAUUCUUCUUUGUCUUAUUGUCAAGAAGCAAGAGUUCCUCAUCACUCCCAGAACCCUUCUCCCGGAGGCAGCAGCCCUCGGCCUUCCGUGGUUGGACGCACAGGCCAGCGGCCCAGAGGAGACGGCCAGGACUGGGACGCAGUGUCCUCUAGCGGAAGCAGCGGCCACGCCCACGUCAACUCCAGGCUGUCUGUCCACUCCGCGCUGGACGUGGCGCACCUGGACCUGCCGGAGCUGGAGGCCGCCGACGCGCUUGAGCUGUGGUUCCGGCAGCUCAGUCUGCCCCAGUUCUGCGUCUCCAUUCUGGAGUCGGCCGUUCCGCUCUUAAGAACAGGUAGUAGGCAGGUGGUGAUACGGGUUCUGGAGCUGCUUGCCGAGGACCUGGUGCUGACCGGUGAAGCGAUUUCAGCAGACGUCUGGGAUGACAGCAGCCUUUUUGCCAUAGAUAUGAAAGAGAAACUGCUCGUGGUGCUGGGGUCCCUUGGAGACACCAUGUGCUACCAUAAAAGCAGCGUCAGUUUGGAACAGCCAGAGGCCGUGCUGGUGCACCACAGAAUGGCCUUUGUUGGCAUCUCGCUGUUUGCAGUCCGACUGCUGCAGACACUUCUCCCUGCUGAAAAGGCAAGCCACUUUUUACCGGAGCCCAUGUCAGCAGCAUUAUUUCUAGUUUCUUUGGACAUGCCUAUUUCUUUGGAAUAUCCAAAUAUUCAUGAGGCUGUUGUGGCCUAUUUGGAACAGCUGAAUUCUGAAAACUACAGUAUCUAUAAACGAACUGCAGAGGCUGUUUAUUCAAUUGAAUGUACCUGUAACUUCCUGUCUGAUGUUGGAAAGGAGGGAGAGAAGAAUCUCUUGGAAUUAGUGGAGUUGGCAGACCAAGCCUUACGUAGCUUUUCCUAUCAUCAGCAUUUCCCCCUAAUAAAGGAAAUCAUGUGCAUUUGUUCAAACAUCUGGAAGUCCGCACAGGCCAGUCCAUUACUGCAAGGAGAAAGCCAGAAGGUGUUUCUGCGUAUGUUGUCUCACCCAUUGCUACAAGUGAAAGUUAAAACUUACCACUGCUGCCUGGAAAUUAUUAAGGAAUGUCUAGGUGUCCACAAUGUCAGUCAACCUGUGUCUUCACUUUGUAAUGGAAUUCAUUUUCUACUUCACCCAAAAGUUCUGUACGAAAUCUGUGCAUUUGGCAUGCAAGAGCCCAAAAAUGAGGUGAACGCUGCUGCCAAGGCCGUCCUGACGUACCUGCUGCAGGGACGACUGAUGAUGACAGCGCUGACCUGGAACAAGUUUAUUGAGGCCCUCUGUCCUGUCAUCCCAGUCCUGCAGGGCUAUGCGGACACAGAAGACCCUUUGGGUAACUGCAUUCUCCUCCUAAGCAAAGCGAGUUCUGAGGCAGGCGAAGGGAUUCUCCCCUGCACCACCCGGUUGAAGUCCAUAUUGCGACUCCUGCUGGUGAGAAAGCCUUCGGUCCGGGCACUGGCGUUGAAGCUGUUAGCUUGUUACCUCACGAGGGAAGAGGGGGCCGGUACCAAGCGCCCUUCAAUAGAUGCCAGAGUUCUCUCCAGAGUUACUAAUUUAUUUAUUGUGAAAAAACCUAUUGAACUCAAACUGGAUGACAGAAAAGAACUGAUUAUUAAGUUGGAGACUGUUGAAAAGGUCUAUGAAAUCUUUAUCUCAGAUGAUAUUGAUCUUGUUUUGAGAAAGUCAGCUGCAGAGCAGUUAGCUGUGAUCAUGCAAGAUAUUAAAAUGCAUGCUGUGGUGAAAAAAUUAUGCUUAAUCGACAAGAUAAUUGAGUACUUAAAUGAAUGUGUGGGUCAGGAUGGUGAGGUCAUAGAAUGUUUAAUACAGCCGAGCCUCACGCUCCUGAGGAAGGUGCUUUGUGCCGACCCGGUCUUGCGUGUGUCCCUCUCACAACAGUCUUCUCUCUUGACUUUGUUGCUCAGAGUUUCCUUGAUAUUUCAUGAAGAUUGUACUGUCGUGACUGAAGUUGGAGCAUUAUUUUGCCUUCUGUUAUUUGAUGAGGUAUCAAGAAUGGAUAUGUGGUCUGAUAAUCCUUCUAGUAAACCUUCGUCACCAUCAGUCUUCAGCUUGCCUGUUUCAGUUUUUAGAAGGUAUCAUCUGCCAGUACAUGCGCUUGGCCACCAUGCUGUGAGUCCUUACUCCAUGGUUUUGCCGCUGUCUGCUGAUUGUUUGGCCCUGAAGCCAGUCUCAGAUAUGCUGAGAAUGGCUUGGAACCUAUCAUGGUAUCAUGGGAGUGAUAAUCUGCUGAAGCAAAUGAACUCUGAAACCAAAAUCCACGAAUUUUUAGAUACACUGAAGUUAUCCACCGAGGACACCCUUACUCUGAGGAUGACACACACUGCUAGUGGACUGAAGGACUGUCUCCACUCCAUCGUCCAGGCUGCCGCCCACAGGGAGGCGAGGGCUGCUGUCACAAGGAUGAGUUUUUAUCUUCUGAAUGACAGGUUGUCUUUCAAGGAUGGCACUGGCCCAUGUGGGAUUACCCUGAAGUCCUUGUCUUGGCACACCACACUGAACAGGUUUUUACAAGUGCUUCCUGCUUGCACUGAAGACGAGAAACUUCUGAUAGAUAUCAUACAUUUUUUAAAUAAGUUAUUGAAGGAACAAAGGAAAUAUGUAUCCACGGAACUUCUGAACUGGCUGCUAGAAUUACUUCUGAGACAUAGUCCAAACCCACUGUUUGACCUGCUGGUUCUAACGGAGUCGCAGUCGCGAGAGGAAGCGGAUGCCAUCCGCACCGCUGUCCGGCAGCAGCUCCAGAAAGAGCUGAUGGCUCUUUUCAAUACCUUGCUGCUCAGUUUCGGGGCAGUUGCUGACAGGAAAUGCCUGGAACUCUUUUACGUUUUCCAAACGCAGCUGGCUCUGAAACUGCUCCAGUGCCUGAGAGUCACGGAUGCGCCUCAUUUCUACGGCCUGCCGUCCCUCGAGAGGACCUUACGAGGGAUGGCCCACCUCACAGCAUUUCCAGGAUGGAGCUCACACUCUCCUCUUACAAAGCCCCUCGAGAUCUGUGUGAAGUACUUAUCGGGUCUCCUCGAAGUCAUUACUUCUUUUUAUGUGGAGCGUGGAGGAAACGCCAUGUCCUUCAUGGGAAAAGGUGUCACAAAGAGCACGGUCCUUUGCUUGCUUCACUUGUCCCACGAGAUGAUGGCGCAGGCCCAGAGCUCGGAGUGGAUGUCACUUUGGUUCUUGCCUCUGGGUAGUCAGGGCGAGGAACAUGCCCCCACCCAGCAAGGCCUGGCAUGGUUGAUUCCGUUGUGGGUUGACCGAGACCCAGAGGUGAGGUUCACUUCGCUGGGAUUGGGAUCAGCACUGACCACCCUUGCAGCUGGCUGUGUGGCCCUGGCCAGCAGUUGUCAGAACAUCUCUGGUGGACUCUGGGGGACGGUGGUGAGCAUUCUCCUGGACCAGUCGGAAUGCAGCAUGGUGCGCCGGGAGGCUGCAUUUAUUCUUCAGAAUCUCCUUGUAAUUCCAAUGCCCUCAGUAAUUAUAAAGGAUUAUACUUGGCAGGGCCCCUGUGUCCAUGACGAGGACUCUGGCCUGUCGCUCACAGGAAAACCUGCCCUUCAGGCUCUGUUAUAUCACUGCCAUUUUUAUGAACAUUUGAGUCAGAUGGUUAAACAUUGUUACCUGGGACGGUAUACAUUUGAUUUGAAUUGUUCUGCUCUUCAUGGAACUUCAGAAGGCAAUGAUUUAAAUGGUUUAGACGACUCAUUCAAGUUCUGGAGGGCACCAUCUCGGAUGUCCAAUCAAGAUCAAGAUCCAAGUUCUCUCUCCACCUCGGAAACAACGGUGGCAGCUUCGUUGGGGAGUGCUGAAUUUCAGCCACACAUGCUCUGCGCAGCGCCUCUCCCUGAAGCCUCGCACGACCAGUUUGUGGCUCAAGGUCAGCAUGAAACUGCAUCUCCGCGGCCUCCUCAGGAUUCCUCCCUUUCUGCUCCUCUGCCCAGACAGUGUGUUUUUGUCACUCCGCCUCUCCUCUCGGCCGUAUGCAGUCUCCUGGACAGCCUCCUGGCGACCACUCCAGGUGACACUGCGGACGCUUUGCGGCAGGCUCGCCUCAUGGAGCUUCUCUGUGGGUAAGAGACCACGCUCCUGGAAAGGAAGCAGACCCAGGCCUUCACUUUUGCCACAGUUGUCUUGAGAGUCUUCGAACACACUCAGGCUCAGGUGUCCUUUCUCCUAGAAUACCUGUCUUCUUUGUCGCGGCUUCUGCAGUCAUGUUUACUGGUAGAUCCUGACCUCCUGGUUCAGGACGAGCUUCUGAAAUCUCUGAUCACAAACGUCAUCAGAGUGCUCACCAUAUACAUCAAAGAUGUGCUAGAUGCAGAGUUAAUAUCGGCCUUUUAUCAGACAUGGACACAUUUAUUUAACCUUCUGGCCACACUCCUGAGGAAAGCUGGUCCUGCCUCUUUACCAUCUAUUACAAUGGGCCUGGCCAGGCACUGGGCAGCGGUGAUCGAUACGUUCUGCACAUGUGUGGGUUUGUCUACCACGUGCCCUCCCCUGUAUACGGCCAGCCUGCAGUUCCUGUCCAUCCUCUUGACUGAAGAAGCAAAAAGGCAUCUCCAGGAUAAGGAUAAAACUAGUUUACGCCACAGUCCAACGCUGGCUUCACUUCUGGAUGAAACGCAGGAGAACCAGGCAUCUGUAGAACGACUUAAUGAAGUAAUUCUUCAGAGCUAUGAAGGAAAAUCUUCCAAAGAUACCCUGAGAAGAGUCGCUGCGAACGCAUUGCUGUCGCUUCUGGCCAUCAGCAGAAGAGCACAGAAGCUCGCGCUGAGAGCCAGCCUGGUGGACGGCUGCAUAGAGCAGAUGAAGCACAUUCACGCGCAGCUGAACCUGGAUUGUCUGAGGCCUGGGAAGGCCGCGCUCAAGAGAAAGGAUGAUGGUUUUAUUAAAGAGUUAAGCAUUGCCAUGCAGCUCCUGAGAAACUGCCUUUAUCAAAAUGAAGAAUGUAAAGAAGCGGCUCUGGAGGCCCACCUGGUCCCGGUCCUGCACGCUCUCUGGCCUUGGCUCCUGAUGGACGAUUCACUGAUGCAGAUCGCCCUGCAGCUGCUUUGUGUCUACACUGCAAAUUUUCCAAGCGGCUGCAGCUCUCUCUGUUGGUCCAGUUAUGGACAACAUCCUGCUCAAGCUGCACAUCGAGGAGCCGCCGGCAGCUCCCUGAUGCUGUGUAUCCUGAAGCUGGCUUCCCAGGUGCCUCUGGAGAACGCUGCAGUCCAGCAGAUGGUUUUCAUGUUUCUUUCAAACCUGGCCUUGUCUCAUGACUGUAAAGGGGUGAUUCAAAAAAAUAACUUCUUACAGAACUUUCUCUCUCUCACAUUGCCAAAGGGAGGAAGUAAACAUCUCAGCAAUCUGACCGUUCUCUGGUUGAAGUUACUCCUGAAUAUGUCAUUUGGAGAAGAUGGGCAGCAAAUGAUCCUGAGGCUGGACGGCUGUUUGGACUUACUGACGGAGAUGAGCAGAUACAAGCAUAAGAGCAGCCCUUACGUGCCUCUUCUGAUUUUUCAUAACAUUUGCUUCAGUCCUGCGAAUAAGCCCAAGAUCCUGGCUAAUGAAAAAAUCAUUAGUGUGCUAGCUGCCUGUCUGGAAAGUGAAAAUCAAAAUGCUCAGAGGAUUGGAGCAGCUGCGCUUUGGGCUCUGAUUCACAAUUACCAAAAGGCAAAAACAACUUUGAAAAAUCCAUCAAUAAAAAGAAGAGUGGAUGAAGCAUAUUCCAUAGCAAAGAAAACUUUCUCAGACUCAGAAGAAACUCCUCUAAACACCUAUUAUUUGAAAUGUCUUGAAAACCUCGUGCAGCAACUCAACUCUUCAUGAGCGCCCUGCAAUCCUCCGCCCUGAAGCCGCGGCCACCGGACAGGUGAGCCACCCUUGGAGCGCGCCCUGUGCAGACCUGUUCCCCGAAGACGUGCUCAUAAGCCUGUGCGACAGAGGGCACAGAAGGUCCUGGGAACACGAACAUUCUUACCUUUUUCUAUGCAAUGUGCUUUGUAAAAAUCAUAUUUAUCAGUUAUUUAAUAAAAUAAGAUAUUUCUAGUGACUGAAAAUUGGCCAAUAAUUGCUGCUUGCAGGCUUUUAUCAAUCUCAUGAAUAUAAAUUUUAGGAAUAGAAGAAAGAUACUAUGUUCUGAUUUCCUUUUUUAAAAAAGUAUUUUACAUGAAAUUUGGCUCUUGUCAAUACAAAUCCUUGUUUUUCAAAGCAUUCACAUCAGUGAAGGGAUAUUUGUAGUAAAUGUGCAUAAUUUUGUGAGUAACUUCUUUGGGCAAUUUUUAGUGAUAUUAACUCCUUUCCAUAUGAUACAUAAACAUGUUAUAUUUUAUUAUUUUCACCUUUCAACUUCUGAAAUGCUGUGUAAUAAAAAAGGAAGAAAUAGAGUUUAUGGUCACAUAGGCCUACGUUCAAAUUCUGCCUCAGCUCAGAGCAUCGUGAAGAACAAGAACGUGAAAAAUCUGGCAGGAACAGUGCUGCCGAGGCCUCCUGAUGUGACUCUCAACUAACAUGUAGCUCUGAGCUCGGAACUUAGAAUCAGCUCGAGUACUAAUCAUUUCCAGCAGUUUUCCCAACACUUGAAAAUAAGGAGAGAAAAUUAUGUCUAAGAAAAGAAAAACAAAAGCUGAAAUGUAUACACAUAUGCGUGUCUAUAUACACACCUGUAUACACACCCCCCCCACGCACAUACACACUCAUUAUUUAGGAAGAAGCUUUCCAAUUGAAUUACAGUUAACGAGAAAAAAACUUCCUUUAUUAAAUGCUGUUAGCAAAUUGCCAUCAUUAAUAAAAUAAGCCAUGGGACAUUAUUUAAGCUAAAAGCAUGAGGACAAAAUAUAUGUUAAGUAUUGAAAUAGAACCAGGUAAAUUUACAGUGUCCGAGAGUUAUGAUUAGAGAUCUGAAAAAUAGAUCUAGAAAGUUUGGAAGUUUCUGGGCAGCCCAAGUUAAUCUGAAGCAGUGGACGUGGCAGUAUUCUGAAAAAGUACAAGCAGGAAUCUUGGGAAUUAUUUCUCCCUUUUCUCCUGGUUGCUUAGAUCCUAUUUCAUUUUCCUGGUAUCACCUUGUAAGCCCUCACUGAUGAAUAAUUAGAUGAUUUCUGUAACUUCCAUUGAAAGAUCCCUUUCUGUGUCACAGGCGCUAGUCUCAAGAUGUUUAUUGUUUGAUCUGUUUUCCCCUAAAAUACUACCAUUAUUCCUGCGUUAGAGGUGAGUGAACGAAGCAGCUCGGUGAUCGGUUGUGACUGGUAAAGAGUGAAGUUGAGACUGGAGCCCAGAGUAAUGGCUGAGGUUUUUUUUAACCACCGUGCUAUGCUGCCCUCCCUCCCUGCCUGUUUUUUCCUCAUUGAAAUUCCUGUCUUUGUGUUUGGAUCUUAUAGAUAACCUCCAUUAUUCUACAAGAAUUGAGUCUUUUCACGGAAAUGACCACUACCCAUAUUUUGGUUCAUUCAUUGAUUCACAUUUCAGGGUUUGCUUUGCCUCAUGUCUUUGGAAUCAGAAGGAAUAGUAACUGAUUGUCUUCCCUAGCAGUUCAAGGUAGUACCACUGCGGGGUUUGCACCCUGGCAGCCAGAAUCGCUCAGGGAUGACGCCUGUGGAAGCCCAGAAGGACUGGCUCCCUGAAAGGGGGAGGAGGGCCAUGGCGUCAGGAGAACAUGCACUUGCAUCUGCCGGUGUCCAGGGACGUGCCCCGCAGGGGCAUGUGGUGUUCCGGGUCCUUGACGCCUCUCCUUCUUAUCUGUGUCUCUUCGAAUUGUGUCCAGGAAGCCAGUGGGGAAGCUGCUAAGCAGAAGAUCCCUGAGGUGACUGGCCUGCCGUGGCACUGCCUGGGGGACCCAGCAGCACCAGAGUCCCAGGGAUGCUAGUUGAAAUGCACAUGGAAACAUGGUCUUCAGCCUGUGUCUGAAAUUGUUAGCAGACUUGCCAGGUGAUCUGUACGCUCACAAAAUGAGAACCACUGAUUAAUCCCCCAACUUUACAGAAAACUGCCUGGAACAUGAAAAUGACUUGACAUCACUCAGUUAUUUAAUGAUGAUGAAAUCAGAAAUGGAAUCUGGGUCUCUUGAGUGCUAGUCAAGUGUUCUUUCUUUCACACAUCCCUGGUUUAGGCAGAGAUCCAGAAAGCAGGUGUAGGGAACUGGUUCAUGCCUCAUGGUCUCCAGGUUUCCCAUUUCCUGGCCUUUUUGGUUGCUUGGUGUGUGUGUGUGUCUGUGCUGGGGAUGAACUCAAAGGCUACGCAGUGCGUGAACAUGCAGACAUUCAUCCUCUGGCGUCUGUGUUUAGGACCCCGAGCAGCUUGGGGGAGGAGGCAGCGCUGGUUUUGAAAACAGAAGAGACAAGUGGAGUAGUUAGCUGGCCUCACUGGAACCUGUCCCCACUCUUCCUAAAAUCACUUUCAAAAAUGAAGAGCUGGAUGUACUUUUCUUUGGUGUUCUGUAAAUAAUGGAGUGAAAAAUAGAAUUUGCCCAUUUAACUGCAGGUCACCAGUUUUCCUUCGUAGUGUUAAAUAUGCUCAUCAUCUGCAGUAAUUUUCCAUCGUGACUCUUGAUGGUUGCACCUUAUCUGCCCCCUGUUUCCCGAGAUCUGCUGCUUGACCCGUGGUGGUUCUCAGGUUUGGCAGAUUGUUGCAUAAGAAUGAUUAGCAUUCCCGCCCCUGCUGCCCCAGGUGUUCCUACAGGCCUGCCAGGGAGCCAGAGAGCACAGGAGAGCGGCUAAAGGUGGGGGGCUCAGGGCUCGUGUGGCCUCACCAUGCACACCGGUGGGGACCUGACGCAGCCUCCAGGCCGCUUCUCCCGGUGAAACCGGGGAUCGGGAAACCUGCUUUGUGAAGCUGGGCACAGUACCUGGUACAUAGUUGACUGUCCCUUAGAUGUCAUCACUGAUUAGUUAUUCCUAAAAAGUUCUCAAAAAUUUCUCUCUCUUUCAUUUAAACAUUAACUCUUCUGUGUCUCUGAAACUCUCUUCUCCCUUUAGGAAGCAGGGAAUGUGCUAGAAGGUGAGUUUCAUUGUCUGAACAAGGCUCUCACAUUCCAGAAGGCUGGCCGGUUUCUGGUGGCGGUGUGGGGCCGCAGGCCUGCACUCGCUAACGGCACAGACGCCGACGCGUUUGGGGGAACCUGAGUCUUGCAGAGCACUGUGUGCAGGGGCGCUGAACACACCCGGUGACUUGGUGCGUUUUAUUCUUUGGCUUGUCAGGUUGUCUUGACUGAACGUCGUUGGUGAAAUAUUGCUCUUUCUCCAUUAGAAUUGUGAAAAUGGAAAAUACAAGAAAUUACAACCUUAGUGGCCAAAAGAAAACCUUAGCUUAAAGACUGUCAGUUAGGGAGCAUUUUUCUCUUAAGCCCUAUUGUUGACCUGUGCGAUCCAAGGAGUUCCGGGAAAGGAUGGUGGUGAAAGGUCAUUAUUUCUGUGAACUAGGCAGCUUAGUUUUGGGGAACUUAAGAGUUUAUUCUUCUUGAGUCAAAAGUUAUUCAACACAGGAAAUCCCUUGUAAAACUCAAGUAACAAGUCAGCGGGGCCCAAGGCAGAGUAUGCUGGGCCGAGGCUCGGGACGCACGGCAGACUGCCAGGACCUGGGCUUCCGGGGUUUGGCGGCGAGACACGAGCAGCUCAGCGUGGUCCUGUUUUAAAUGUUCCCAGCGACGUUCGUCUUCGUGUUUUCUUUGCUCCUUCUGCAUUUGGGAAAUGAGUUUCAAAAAAACCUACUCUUUUAAAGCGAUGUUUCAUGAAAGAUCCAUAUGGUAACAUUCAAUAAAUUUCCCAUGAAAGCCAA